UUUUUUGGUUAUGUUUACGCUUGCCCAAAAACAUUAAACAACUUUAUAUUCAAUAAUGAAUUAGUGCAAAAAAUUUAUUUUAUCUCUUUAUAUUUGAAUUUUAUUAUUAUUUUAGGUUAUAAACCAUGAUUGUUCUUAAACCGGAAUGGGUAAACCAUGAUCAAGACCAACCGAUUUUUUCAAUUGAUAUACAACCAAAUGGAGCAAGAUUUGCCACUGGAGGACAAGGUGGAUCAGGCGGUAAAAUUGUAAUAUGGAAUAUAGGACCUGUAUUAAGCGAGGAUGAAGAAAUUAAUCCAAAAAUACCAAAGAUGCUUUGCCAAAUGGAUAAUCAUUUGGCCUGUGUUAAUAUAGUUCGUUGGAGUAAUACUGGUCACCUCCUAGCUUCUGGCUCUGAUGAUAAAUUGGUAAUGAUUUGGAGAUUGACAAAUGAAGGAAGUUCAACAAUCUUCGGUAGUGGCCAAAUUAAUGUAGAAACAUGGAAAUGUAUACAUACUCUUAAUUCACAUAAUGGGGAUGUUCUUGAUCUUGCGUGGGCUCCACAUGAUGGUUGGCUAGCAUCAGCUAGUGUUGAUAAUUCUGUUAUUAUUUGGAAUGCACAGAAAUUUCCUGAAAAAGUUGCCGUUUUAAAAAAUCACACUGGAUUGGUUAAGGGUGUGACAUGGGAUCCAGUAGAUAAAUACAUAGCAAGUCAAUCUGAUGAUAAAACCCUGAGAAUUUGGAGAACUUCAGAUUGGACACAACAAGAAGUGAUUAAAGAACCAUUUACAGAAUGUUCAGCCACAACUAGUGUGUUAAGACUUUCUUGGUCUCCUGAUGGUCAGUAUUUAGUGUCAGCCCAUGCCAUGAAUGGUGGAGGACCUACUGCACAAAUUAUAGAAAGAGAGGGGUGGAAAUUUGAUAAAGAUUUUGUUGGACACAGGAAAGCUAUCACUUGUGUGAGGUUCAACUCCAAUAUUCUCCAAAAACAAGAAAAGAGCAACUCGAAACCCACUCAGUAUUGUUGUUGUGCCAUUGGAUCAAGGGACAGGUCCAUAAGUGUUUGGUUAACUUCAUUAAAAAGACCACGAGUGGUCAUAAGAGACUUAUUUACAAAUAGCGUAUUAGAUAUGUCGUGGAGUAGCAAUGGACUCUAUUUGAUGGCAUGCUCUUGGGAUGGAUCUGUAGCAUGUAUUGUUUUUGGACAUGCCGAAAUUGGAACACCAUUGACUAUGGAUGAAAAGAAUGAAUUAUAUGAAAAAAUGUACCACAAAUCAUUUCAAAAAAGUUGGAACCGUAAUUUUGGUUCGUCCCAAAUCAUCGAAAACGCUGAACUGUUGGAAGCGCUAAAGGAAAAAAUUAAACAGGAUCAAUCAAACAUGUCGAUAGAAGUUCAAGAUCCGCCACAACCCGUUACACCGCAAAAAGAGAUUCCGUUUGAUUCGCCAAAGUUAAACCAGAGCAUACUGGUUCCACAGAAUAAGCAGUUGGAAACUAGGUUACCUUCAGGCAAGCGAAGGAUUACUCCUAUGCUCUUGACAGCUGUGCAGGAUACUAGUACCAAUUCAAGUGAAAAAGUGGAUACAGGAACUGUUACACAAAUGUCCUUCAGCAAAUCAUCUCCAACGAAGAGUCAGAUCAUUGUGGAGACUGUAAAACUGCAGGAUAUGCAAAAGAUACAGCCGCAAAAUCAACAACAGCCACGGCAACAACAAAACCUCAUGUCUGCAUUCCAAGGAAAUAGAACUGUCAGUGAAAUGGUAGCGCAACCACCUAGCAUUCAAAUAAAUCAAUUGAUGUGCUGUGAAGUACCUGGUGAUGUACCCAUAGUUAAAUUCAUUAACAUUUUGGAUCCACUAAAAUUAACUAAUGGUGUUGCUGCUACCAAAGACUGCGGAGUCAUCAAGUUACAGAUUACAAAUAAUUGCCAUAAAACCCCAAAAGGUUCUCUAUCAAAAAUAGAAGCGUUCAAAAAUGUGACAGACAAAGAACUUAAAUGGGAUACGUACUUAGGUUCUUCAAUAAGGUGUUUGGCUGCCAAUAGAGAAAUGGUAGUUGCCUGUUGUGAAGAUCUAACAUUAAAUUGCUACAACAUCAAAUCAGGAGCCAGAUCUCUUCCUCCCAUACUGAUAGAAGAUCUAGUGUCAUCGAUAUGUCUUUCCCAAGAAGGACACUGUCUUGUGCUUACUAAAACUGGUCUUAUACACAUGUGGGAUUUCAAAACGCACAAAAACAUAUUUUCUAGGAUAUCUGUUAGGAGUUUAUUGACUGGAAAAGGUAACGUGAAUGGUUGCAGUUUAGGGCCUUCCAACCAACCAGUAAUAACACUAACAGAUGGAAGAGCAUAUGCAUACAGUAUGGAUUUACAAACUUGGGUACAAAUUUCCAAUCCAUUGGAUCCAGUAUGCGUAACAGGUGGUAAUCUUGUACGAAAAGUGCCAGUAACACUACCUCUAGCGUCGAUGCAGAGAACAAUUGCUUCAAAGAGAAGCAUCGAGACCUUACCUCCAGGAGUUACUCUCAGUUUCCUGGAAACCCAAAUUACUGCCGCAAGUUUAUUAGACUCUAGUACUGAAUACAAACAUUGGUUGUUUGCUAAGAUUAAUUAUUUACUAGAAAAAGGUCCUGAAUGCCAACUUCGAGAAAUACUUGAUGAUUUGAUGGGACAUACACAUAAUAAAAAGUCAAAGAGGGCAAAACUGGAGAAUGGUGAGAUCAUGCAUAUGUCGAAAUUCGAGUUGUUAGAAGAAAUUUUGGCUCUCGUUAAAACCAAACUCCCUUGGCAAAGAUUAUACAAAGAAUACAGUGAGCAGGUUGCAGAAUUUAAAAAUGAUAAAUUAGAAUGUACUUGAACUAUUUUUUAUUAUGUGUAAAUAAAUAGUAUUUUUAAUAAAUGUUUUUGCAGUU